AAUUGAUGUAGCAGUACUAGUAUCUUCUUGUUCUGCUUCCCAAAAAACGCACCCGAUUUUUAUCUCUCAUUUUUUCAUUAUUAAUGAUUUAAUUUACAGAAGCCAACAAAAUGACAACUCUGACGUGGCAUCCUGGUUCAGUUCACGAUGCACACUUUUUUUAUAAAUUAUUUUUCUGUACUAGUAUUUUUAAAAAAGGAGAAGAAAGAGGAAAUUAUGGAUGCAAUUUUUGAUUUUCCAAUCUCCAGUUUUCCAGUUUCCACCAACUAGUAGUAUAUAUAAAAGCUCCCCCCCUCAAAUUUGGCAUCUGUCACCAUCCCACACCCUUCUUCUUCCUCUUCUUCUUCUCACGCUUGCUGCUUCAUGUACCCAUCAAAAAUAUCAAAUCAUCAUCAUCAUCAUCAAUAGCUUCGAAUAUUCAAGAUCAAGAAAUUCUUGAAAUUCAGAGACCCAAAAAGAAAGAAGGAAACUUUGAUCAAUAAAUCUUACAUAAUGGGUAUUUGCAGUUCGUGUGAUUCUACUAAUGUAGCGACGGCCAAGUUGAUCUUACACGACGGCCGGCUUCAGGAAUUUUCCUACCCGGUUAAGGCUUCAUACGUGUUGCAGAAGAAUCCGGCUUAUUUCAUCUGCAACUCCGACGAGAUGGAUUUCGACGAUGUCGUUUCGGCGAUUAGCGGCGACGAUGUACUUCAACCGGGUCAGUUGUACUUUGCUCUGCCGUUGGACCGGUUGAAGAGCCGGCUCCAGGCGGAGGAGAUGGCGGCAUUGGCGGUCAAGGCCAGCUCGGCAUUGGCCAGGAGCGGCGGUGAGAAAUGCGGGUGUGGCCGGAAGACCAUCUUGGCGUAUUCCGGUGGGGAGAAGGUGUUGAACGCGCCGUCCAGAAAGGUCGGUGAUUAUGAGGAAAUCCGGUCAAAAAGAGAGAGAAGGGGCGGCGGUGGUGGAGGAGGUGGCGCCGCCCGAGGGAGGAGAAGAGGGCAGUACACGGCGUUGUUGAGUGCUAUUCCGGAGUAGGAGAGAGGAAAUUUCCCUUGCCGGCCGGCGGUCAUUUAAUUGAUUUUUUUUUAUUUCUUGUAAAUACCGUAGUUUGCACAAAUCCGGUGAGAAGGAAGAUUAAUAUAUUAAUUUAGAUCAUUAAUUAAUCUCAUUAUUAUACUAAUCCGACCCGAUCAAUAACACCCCCCCCCCACAUCAUGCUUCCUCUCUGUAUACAACAAUUUUGCAACCAGUAAUAAUGUAUUAUGAUCGGCAGAUUAGAUCCAAUUAAAUUCAUAUUUUUUUCACCGCAUUUAGAUUCUUUAUGUCAUUUCAGUCCAUUAUUCCGAUAACAUUCUUAUUAGU